AUGGAUGCGUACACAGGGUAUAAUCAGAUAAGCAUGCACCCACCUGACCAAGAACAUACAAGCUUUCGAACGGACGUCGGCUUGUAUUGCUACAAAGUGAUGCCGUUUGGCUUGAAAAACGUUGGAGCCACCUAUCAGAGGUUGGUCAACCGGAUGUUUAAAGAGCAAAUAGGCAGAAACAUGGAGGUCUACGUCGAUGACAUGCUGGUCAAGUCUAAGAAAGCCCAAGGGCACAUUGAAGACUUAAAAGAAUGCUUUGAGAUCCUAAGACAAUACCGAAUGAAGCUCAAUCCUCUUAAGUGUUCUUUCGGAGUAAGCUCGGGAAAGUUCCUUGGAUUCAUAGUGAACUCUAGGGGCAUCGAAGCUAACCCAGAAAAGAUAAAGGCACUGAUCGACAUGAAGUCCCCAACUAAAGUUAAGGACGUCCAAAGCUUAACAAGCCGAAUCGCCGCCUUGAGUAGAUUCGUCUCCCAGUCAACCGAAAAAUGCGUCUCUUUCUUCAACAUCCUAAGGGAACAUGCAGUUAGUGCAGUCUUGGUAAGGGAGGAAGAUAGAGCACAACACCCAGUCUACUAUGUGAGCAAAAGACUGAUUGGGGCAGAGUGUAGAUACCCCCUCAUAGAAAAAUUGACCUACUGCUUACUAUUAGCAUCCAGGAAGCUUCGACCCUACUUUCAGGCUCAUCCCAUUGUGGUACUCACUGACCAACCCUUACGCCAGGUGCUACAAAAACCCGAUACGUCGGGGUGCCUCCUUAAAUGGGCAAUAGAGUUAGGGCAAUAUGACAUAACGUAUCAGCCAAGAUUGGCUAUUAAAGGGCAGGCCCCGGCUGACUUUGUAGCCGAGUGUACCGGCGCGCAAGAGGGCGACCAACCAACAGUAACCAGUGAUGUCCAAAGGCCUGACCUGAGCGAUUCACCUGAACCACAUGUCCAUAACUCCGAGAAAAAUGAAAACCAAGACUACCCCGGUGAAACCUGGAAGCUACAAGUUGAUGGUUCUUCUACCGACCAGUCAUCAGGAGCGGGGAUCACCCUAACAAUACCAGAGGGACCACGAAUUCACACGGCCAUUCGCUUUGGUUUCCCUACCUCAAAUAAUGAAGCUGAGUAUGAAGCAUUAAUUGCCGGUCUAAAACUAGCGAAAGAGGUGAAGGCCAGACACUUAGACAUUUACAGCGACUCCCAGCUGGUUGUAAACCAAGUUUUGGGAGAGUACAUGGCUAGAGGAGAAAAGAUGAUGGCCUACCUUAGCAAAAUACAAGACUUGCUUGCCCAACUGGAAGGGUACACCAUUCAACAAAUACCACGAGAAGAGAAUGCUACCGCUGAUGCCUUGGCAAGGUUGGCAACAAGUGAAAAGAUAGAUAAAGCCAGCCUUGUGCUAAUAGAAUACUUACCCGAGCCAAGCAUCCGCACUAAAGAAGUACUCCUACUCGAUACGACUCAAUCGUGGAUGACCCCCAUAGCUGCUUACUUAGAACAAGGGACACUGCCCACCAACAAAAACGAGGCAAAGAAAAUGAGAAGGAAGGCCACCCGAUACCUAAUCAUUGAUGGUGUCAUGUAUCGGCGAGGGUACUCAAUGCCCCUACUACGAUGUGUACAUCAAGACCAAGCCCAACGACUAAUGGAAGAAGUCCAUGAAGGUUUUUGUGGUAAUCACGCUGGGCGGCAAAGCUUAUCCAAGAAGGUACUGAGGCAAGGAUUCUUCUGGCCAACCAUGAUAGAAGACUCCAUGGAGUAUGCUCGAAGGACGACGGAAAGAACAGCUACCGGUGAUACCCCCUUUGCCCUUGCUUAUGGGUAUGAUGCGAUGAUACCGGUCGAGCUAGACCCACCCUCCCACCGACGAGCGACAUACAACCAAGUCAGUAAUCACCAGCUGAUGAAUGAAUCGUUGGACCUAUUGGAAAGUCAUAGGGAAGCCUCACAAAUACGGUUAGCAGCAUACCAACAAAAAGUAGCUAGAUACUUCAAUUCCAAAGUUAAGGAAAGAAGCUUCAAGGUAGGAGAUCUAGUACUACGCAGAGUCUUGGCCAACACUAAAGACCCAACAGCAGGAGUAUUGGGGCCAAAUUGGGAAGGUUCAUACGAGGUUACAGAAGUUGUACCCCCCGGCACGUAUAGCCUCGACCGGUAUGACUCUAACAUGAACCUUAUACCAGUACCUCGAUAUUGGAACGACCAACACCUCCGCAAAUAUUAUCAAUAA